GUUACUACCCUAGUAGAUCCGGGUGGGUUCGCGGAGGCGGUCGCGGAGGUUCCAGUUUUUCAGCGUGAGGUGUCGCAGGUGUUCAGACCCGGGUCAAAGCUGCAGAUUGUGGAAUUAGUGAGAUGCUUUCCUAAACAGUAGAAGGUUGAACAUGUCUAGACAGAACUUGAUGGCUUUGACAGUGACCACCCUGCUGGGUGUGUCUGUGGGGGGGUUUGUCCUGUGGAGGGGCAUCCAGCGCCGGAGGAAGAGCCCUGUGACCCUGGAACAGCUCCCGUUGCCGCCCCCGCCGCCGCCGCCGCCGCCGCCGCAGCAAUCGCCAGGCAGGACAGCGCAGUCCCCUCCAGAAGAGGACCAGCUGCCCUCUGGUGUCCCCAGACCCUCGUGGGAGGAGAGGAUCCUCCAGGCAAAGGUGGUGACAGUGUCUCGGGAGGCAGAGUGGGAUCAAAUCCAGCCCCUGCUUUGGAGUGAGUUAGAAGAUUUUCCAGUGCUUGGAAUCGACUGUGAGUGGGUAAAUUUGGAAGGCAAAGCCAGUCCUCUGUCACUCCUACAAAUGGCUUCACCAAGCGGCCUCUGUGUCUUGGUUCGCUUGCCCAAGCUGAUCUAUGGAGGCAAAACACUACCAAAAACAUUACUGGAUAUUUUGGCAGAUGGCACCAUUUUAAAAGUUGGAGUGGGAUGUUCAGAAGAUGCCAGCAAGCUUCUGCAGGAUUAUGGCCUCAUGGUUAGAGGGUGCCUGGACCUUCGAUACCUAGCCACGAGGCAGAGAAACAGUUUGCUCUGCAGUGGGCUUAGCCUAAAAUCGCUUGCCGAGACUGUCUUGAACUUUCCCCUUGACAAGUCCCUUCUGCUUCGUUGCAGCAACUGGGAUGCUGAGAAUCUUACAGAGGACCAGGUGACUUAUGCUGCCAGGGAUGCCCAGAUUUCAGUGGCUCUCUUCCUCCAUCUUCUUGGACACCCUUUCUCUAAGAAUUCUGCGGAAGCAAGCAGUGACCCUAUUGGCUGGAGAAAAGUCUGGGAGAAAUGCCAGGAUGUUGUAGACAUCCCAUUCCGAAGCAAAGGAAUUAGCAGAUUGGGAGAAGAAGUUAAUGGGGAGGCAACAGAAUCUCAGCAGAAGCCAAGAAAUAAGAAGUAUAAGAGCAGUGGAAUUGUACCAGGCAACCACCAAGGGAGAGACCCCAGGAAAAAUAAAAGGAAGCCCCUGGGGGUGGGCUAUUCUGCCAGAAAGUCACCUCUUUAUGAUAACUGCUUUCUCCAUGCUCCUGACGGACAGCCUCUCUGCACCUGUGAUCGAAGGAAAGCUCAGUGGUACUUGGACAAAGGCAUUGGAGAGCUGGUGAGUGAAGACCCUUUUGUGGUCAAGCUACAGUUUGAACCUGCGGGGAGACCUGAGUCCCCAGGAGGCUAUUGCCUGUUAGUUAAGAAGAACGUGUGUGUGGUGUGCGGCAAGACAGACUCCUGCAUUCGGAAGAAUGUGAUUCCACACGAAUACCGGAAGCACUUCCCCAUUGAAAUGAAGGACCACAACUCCCAUGAUGUGCUGCUUCUCUGCACUUCCUGCCAUGCCAUCUCCAACUACUAUGACAGCCAUCUGAAGCAGCAGCUGGCCAAGGAAUUCCAGGCCCCCAUUAGCUCUGAGGAGGGCUUGCGCCUGCUGGAAGAUCCUGAGCGCCGGCAGGUGCGCUCUGGGGCUAGGGCCCUGCUUAACGCAGUGAGCCUGCCUGCCUCUCGGAAGGAGGAGCUGCUGCAAGCACUCAGAGAGUUUUACAACAGAGAUUCUAUCACAGAUGAGAUGCUUCAAGAGGCUGCCAGCCUGGAGACCAGGAUUUCCAAUGAAAGCUACACUCCCCACGGGCUGAAGGUGGUGCAGUGUCAUGCCCGCGGUGGGCUGUGCUCCCUCAUGCAGCUGGAGAGCCGCUGGCGUCAGCACUUCCUGGACUCCAUGCAGCCCAAGCACCUGCCCCAGCAGUGGUCGGUGGACUACAACCAUCAGAAGCUACUCCGCAAAUACAGGGAGGAUCUUCCUGUCAAGCUGUCGUGACCGCAGCUUUCCACCCAGGUCAGGAUGGGUGGGAAGCUGUAGCCAGAAAUCAAAAGGUCACCUCUUCCUGUUUUAAUACAUCAUUAUCACAGCCAGGGUGACCCAACUCAGUGCUAAUCUGUACUAGUCCCAGGGUGCUUUUGACGAAGCAAGGCUCUUGUUUUAAGUUAGGGGAGCUUAUGGUUUUGAAUUUUAUUGGGCAGAGCUUUUUUUUCCCCUCUUAAUUUUUGUGGACUAGAGAGGCCUUGGCCUUUCUUUUCACUCUCUCUCUUCUGUUUGCCCUUUGAA